CACAGUCAGUGCUCAGAGGAGCAGUAAAAAAAAAAAAAGUUUUACUCUGUUGGUCAGAGUUCUCCGAGGGAUUAGAAGGAUACCUGCUGGACAGUUUGCAAUGACUGUGGACAUAAACUGCUCCGCUGCCUGUGCGAUUUGUAAGGAGUGCCUCUUCUGGUUACUACUCAGCAUUAGGGGAUAGGUGGCACCGGCUGCUGGGAUUCUGGGCUGCUGAACUCGAGUCGGUUUUACCUUCUGCAACUCCAGCCUAAGCUGUACAGCGCUCACCUGUUCCUGACCUGACAACCUUCUUCCAAUCUUCGUUUUUUUUCCUGCUUUCACCUCUGAUAUACCCUACAUCUCCUAGAACUACCUCCUCUGUGACCCCAGGCGUCGUUGGGUCCUCCACACUCUUCCCCACUCCGCCAACGAUGGACCAAACGCUGUGGCAGUACCAGUUCAGGAUCAUCAUGCUGGGGGACUCCACGGUGGGCAAAUCCUCCCUGUUGAAGCGCUAUACAGAGGACCUGUUCAUGGAGGAGUCCAUGACCGAGACAGUGGGUGUGGACUUCUAUGUACACUUCCUAGAGGUGGAGCUUGGGGUCCGCAUUAAGCUGCAGUUCUGGGACACAGCUGGACAGGAGAGGUUCAGGUCAGUGACCCGUUCGUAUUACCGCAACUCAGUGGGAGGCCUGCUGGUGUUUGACAUGACCAGCCGAGCCUCCUUUGACCACAUUAAGAAUUGGCACUCAGAGGUGUGUGAGCAAGUGCGGCCGCACAAAGUCAUCUUCAUUCUGGUCGCCCACAAGAGCGACCGAGACGAGCAUGGGGAGAGGGCUGUGAGCCAGGAAGAAGCUCAGAAACUGGCAGCACAGCUCGGGAUACCCUACGUGGAGACUUCUGCCAAGACGGGUCAGAAUAUUAAAGAGGCCUUUGAGCUCCUCACUCGGCAGGUCUACCAGGGCCUUCUGAACGGAGAAGUGAAGCUACAAGAAGGUUGGGAUGGAGUAAAAUGUUCCAACCCACAGGCGCUACACUUACAGCGAAGCAGCCUGUCUCAGCCGAGUGCGUCGUCUGCCAAGAUCAAGAAGUGCUGCGGAUAAACCUGCUACUAACUAUAGAACCAAAAACUGGCUCCUUUCAAAUGGAAUUUUACUGUGAUGACAUAGGGAUGCUUGAUUUGUAAUACAUAAAAAAAAAAUAAAAACUGUAAACAAUGUUAAACCCCAUUUAGCCAGCGUAUGCCGAACAUAUAAGUUAUGGGUAAGUUUUGUAUAAGUUAAGAGCACAAUGAUAUACGUCAUAGUACAGCAAGGUGGUCAAAAAAUUUGGGGCAUGCACAAAAUUUUCAAUGUAUGCCAGCGUAUGGCUCAUAUAUCCUGCACUCGCAGGACAUAAGUUGUAAGUAAGUCAUACACACGCCCACACAAGUUACUUGUGAGCGACUCAUAAGUCAAAAUACGACAAGAUGUUUCGCGUACCCAAAACUUAUUUAUAAUAUAUGAGUAAUGUUUUGUGAAUCUGUGUAACUUACUUUGUAUAUGAUGUGUUCCCGACGACCACAGAACUUACUGAAUGUGUCAGCUACGUAUAAUGGCGUAUUAACAGGGAUUGGUAUAAAAAAUAGUGUCUUCCAACAUCAGCAUGAGCUCAUGAUUUGACAUUGCACCACCUGUAUGCCAACAGAGCCAGGAGAAGGACCUGGUGCGACCACAGCCUCAGGCAGAAGAGUUGUUGCCAGCAGAAGUUCAGCAGAGACCAAUGCAUCCCGCUUUGUCCCGCUGGACGCCACAGUAUAUUAAACAAGAGGAAUCCUAGAUUUCUGACAUCCGCCAAUCCGGACACGGAUCACCUCCAAAACUCAGUGGAGUCUUCCAUGCCCUAAUAUCUAUCUAUGGUGCAAUUUAGUGAGAAUCCGUGAAGCAGUUUUGACAUAAUCC